UGUCAAAUCUUUUUUUUUUCUUUUACAUCAUGGCCAAUAAUACUUGUUGUUGUUGUAUUCCUAUUAGGGCUGGUGUAUUGAUCAUUGCCACACUUUCUGCUCUCUUUUAUAUUGCCACUCUUGUUUGUUUAUUGGUGGGUAAAGGAUCCCUUCUCAAUCCUGAAUAUAGUGAACGUAUCAUCAUUGGUUAUUGGAUCCUCUUUGGUUUAUCUAUUUUGUAUACUCUUAGUUCUAUCUUUGGUAUUGUUGGUGGUCUAGCUAAAAAUCGAGGCAUGACCAAUAUUUUUAAAGUAUUGUAUUGGUUGAUGGCAAUUCUUAUGUUGAUAUUGUCAGUUGGAUUAUGGAUCGCGUCUAUGGUGAAUCGUGAUGAAACCGUGGCUGUGUGUUCCGACAUACUUCAACAUCCUGGUACUUAUAAUGGAGAACUCACCACUUACAAUUAUCCCAAGGCACAAGCGGAUGAAAUUUGUUCCUCUAGUAUGCGAAAUCUUCUUAUUGGUAUGGGUAUAGGUGUGUUUGUUGGCAAUCUGAUUCAGUUAUACUUUGCAUGUGUGAUCAGUGCUUAUGCAACUCGAUUGCGACGAACCAAUCAGCAUGAAAGACUUCGAAAUUUGGAAGACUUCCCUGUGGAACCUGUUGGCAAAGCUCAUUACUAGUUGUAUUACUUUUUUUUCUUUCUUUUUUGUAGUUAUUUCAACCCCAUCCCAAUCCUUGUAACAUAGCAUUCCUUUCUUUAUACAUUUUUUUCCUAUAUAUUAUAUAUAUAUUCCAAUCUCCCUUAUAUCAUUUGUGUUCAUUAUCAUACCUCUCAAAUCAUUCGUGUAUCUCUCUUUUAUAUAUAUAUACAUAUAUAUCCUAUUUCAAAACCAGAAAAAAUGAAAUAAAUAAAUAAAUCAUUAUUACAAUUUGAACGCUUUA